AUGAAGUCACUGAAAACGGCCACCAGCGUUGCGUUUGCCUGGUGUGUACAAGCCAGUGCGCGAAGCCUUAGCGUGGAGCAUGCGUUCGGACCGGCGGCCGAGUGGACGCACCGAGGGUUCUUGGAACUUGACAUCGAUCCCUCGAGAGCCAAGGCAUUUUCUGCUUCACUCCAGCCGGCCACGCUGCGGGAUGCAUCUCAAAUGGAGGAACUGAUCGCGAAUGAUGGACUUUACCUCAUCAGAGUGGCCACUGAUGAAUCAUCUAAUCAGCACGUGGUGGCAGCGGUAUCCGCGUGCCAACUUCGACUGGCGUCCUUCAGAGAGGAAAUUACACUGCACGUCGAGCGGGAUGGAGUAAUAGUGGGGGUUGACUACAAAUCUCUGGUUGGGCCUCUCGCUAGCACCCGGAACUGCACGAAAAUGCCGGUGGCGGAGUAUUCGGAAGUUGUGACCAAGGUCGUGGUUGUCAGAGCCGCUAGUGCUCAAAGUGUCCCUCUGCAAGUGCUGCAGAAUAGCCCUCCUCCUGGACUGUCAGCAUUGAAAGAACAGAUUGGAACGAAAGAUGCGAAGGCUGCCGGUAACCAGAGUCUCCUGGUAAAAUACUGGUACAUUUUUCUGCCUUGCGUACUACUCUUCAUGUUCAGCGCGCCGGAUCAAGGGGGGGCAGCUACGCCGCCGGCUGCGGGCGGAGGCAGAUAGUAGGAGUCGGAAAACAAUGCGAGAGGCCGCGGAGACCAUCACCGUAGUUUUCGUUAUUUCGAAUUAAGCAAGUACUGCUAUGCGUCGGAGCGCUAGGCGCCGGGGGUGUACGUCCCUAUGCAUACUAUGGCAUAUGUUGCAAGAACAUGAAAACACGCACAGGGAAGCUUCCUUGUCCUGGCGGACAACAAGCACCAGAGGGGAACCACACCGACAAAUGAAGAAUCUUUCCACCAAGGAGUGUAUCCAUACCACUCGCGCUCUUUUUAUUUGUUUCAGGGAAGAAUGACAAAACACUAAAGCAGCUGCAUCAACACCCUACACUAUCCAGCGCAUGCACACACCCGCCUCCCCUUUGGUCAUUCAAUGCGCGGGCGACCCCGGCCGUGGCGCAAACCAGCAACAGCCAACGCUCAUGUUGACGUAUUAGAACACAACUUAUAUCACGUCUCUACGAACUAAAGCAAUAUCAAUGCUUUCGCUUAAGCAAAACAUGCAUCACGCUUGACGCUCCGAAAUGUCGCUGAGGUGGACCUUCCCGUCCCAACGGUAAACCAACUGCUCAUGGUUCCGGCACUAGUGCAAUGCAUACGGAGAAAGAAAUACACACCAUGGGCUGACUUCGUCGACACUCCGUCAUCUCGCUGUUUCGCCUGUUCAAUGGGAUGGUCCAACCUCGGUUUCAGAUCGUGAUUGCCGAGCGCCGAGGUCUCUCAUUUAGGCGCAGGCACUUUCCCAAUACGCAACCAUCCAAGGACAGUGCCGACAGCAGGGAAGUGGCUAUAAGAGCGUCUUCGUAGGCGACGUCGUUAUAUUUUACCGGUACCGGGCUGGCUUUUAACUAUGCAAGCUGCUUGUCCUCGUUCCCCUCGACCUCGUUGAAGUUGUUCCUGAUGAACGAAAACCCUUCCAAUUCUCCUUCGUAGAACACUGGGCUUGCUCCGUUUGCGUCCACGUCGUUGCCCCAGAACACCGCUUGGUUGGUGAAGUCGUCGUCGAAGUUGUUCACCAUGUCCUUUCCCGGAUCUGCUGGCAAGACUGGCGGUGUGGUCUUCUUGAGGGCCAACGCUUCCCAGUCCGUAUUUGCGAAGAACCCAUUCCUUUUCACAUCGUCCCAAGCUGCGAAGUCCUUCCCACAUCCAAGUCGUCGGGCCUCCGUCACCUGCAGCAAGGCCCCGGUGAUGUCCUUAGCUGCCUCCGGCACAACCGAUGGGUAAGCGAAGACGCCAUUCAGAAU